CCUCUCCCAAACUCAAACCUUCAAUCUUUUUCAAGAACCCCCCAAAUGUACGACACACUCAAAAACACCUACCAACUCUUCGAAGAAAUCGGCCGCGGCCGAUUCGGCACCAUCCUCCGCGCCUUCUGCCCCACUUCCGCCGCCUCCGUCGCUGUCAAGAUCAUCGACAAGACUCUCCUCGCCGACGAAACCGACCGCGCAUGCAUCGACAAAGAACCCAAGAUCAUGUCCCUCUUGUCUCCCCACCCCAACAUUCUCCAAAUCCACAACGUCUUCGAAACAGAGGACUCCAUGGCCAUAGUCCUCGACCUCUGCAGCCCCGAAACCUUAUACGACAAGAUCGCUCACCGGACCUUGUCAGAGCCCGAAGCCGCCGGCAUCAUGAAACAGCUCCUCGCAGCUGUUUCCCACUGCCACAGAAUGGGGGUGGUCCACCGGGAUCUGAAGCCGGAGAAUGUUCUGUUUGAUUCAAGAAACGUUUUGAAGCUGGCGGAUUUCGGGUCGGCGGAGUGGUUUUCCGGCGAGGGAGAGUGCAUGGAAGGUGUGGUGGGGACGCCGUAUUACGUGGCGCCGGAGGUGUUGAUGGGGAGGGUGUAUAAUGAGAAGGUGGAUGUCUGGAGUGCAGGGGUCAUGAUGUAUAUAAUGUUGGGUGGGAUUCCUCCGUUUUAUGGUGAAACGGCGACGGAGAUCUUUGAGGCGGUUCUGAGGGGGAAUCUGAGGUUCCCGCCGAAGGUUUUCCGGGGAGUUUCGCCGGCGGCGAAGGAUCUGCUGAGGAAGAUGAUGUGUAGAGACGUUUCCAGGAGACUUUCUGCAGAGCAAGCACUUAGUAAGUUUCCUUCUUUGUUUUUAUGGAUUUUAAUUUUGGUCAAUUUUUGGGUUCUUUUCCAUUUGGGGGAUUCAAUUAGGAAUAUUGGAUUUACUUUCUUGGUAAAGAAAUAGGAUUUGUUGGAGUUUACUAACAAAGUUUCUUUCUUUCUUGUGAAUUCAGGGCACCCAUGGAUCUUGAGUGGAGGAGAGUCCAACCCAAUGGACUGAUCUGACUGUUCUCCAAGAACUGUGAUCAAGAGCAGCAAUCAAGUAUAUAAGUCAUCCCAGCCUUGUAUGUAUGUGUGUUUGAGAAGAGAUAAAACCCACUUCCCCUCUCUUAGAAGCGCAUAAGCUCCUGGAUGGAGAUCCAGAAGGAGAAGAGAAUGAGCCUUUUUGAAGCUAUAGGCAAGCUGAAGAAGGGUUGUGUUCUUUGUAGUUUUAGUGCUUUUUUGUAAUGUUUGGAGAGAAUCUGAGACUGUAAAUAGAAUGGGGUUGAGGACUGAUGAUCCCUGUCCUUCCCCAUCUUCUCUGUUUUUUUUGUUUUCAGAGAGAGAUUAGGAAGUGAUGAGAGAGAGAGAGAGAGCAAGUGAAGUACUCCUGAAAAGAGAACCAAUGCAACUUUAGUCCUUUGUCAAUUUCGGUAUGUAAAAAACCAUGUUUUGUUAAUGCAAAAUGUUCGGAGACAUGAAUGUGUUUUGGCUUUGG